CUUUUGCCUAUCCAAGGGUCUUCCGUCCCUUGUGAACGUGCCUUUUCGGAUGCUGGGCUCACAGACACGAAGCGGCGCGCUCGCCUUCUCCCAAAGAACUUCGGUGACAUCCAAACUGUCAAAGGCACAUAUAAGAAGGAGCGGAGGCGCCAAAAAGCAGAGUUGGCUGCUCAACGGACAGCACAGAAGAAGCGCUUGAUGGAAUGA